AUGUUUUCGUUUCUCACUAUCCUUCUAUACUUCAUUCACGCUGUACCAAUCGCUGGAUCUCCUCCGAUAGUCUUAUGGCAUGGCAUGGGCGAUAGCUGUUGUAAUCCAUUAAGUCUAGGCUCGAUAAUCAAACUACUCAAGCAGCAACUAUCCGAUCCAUAUGUUCUAUCCUUACGAAUCGGUUCGAAUAUUGUCGAAGACACUUCGAAUGGAUUCUUUAUGAAUGCUAAUCAUCAAAUUGAUUAUGCUUGUAAAUUAUUAAAUGCUGAUAAGAAUCUUACGCAAGGUUAUCAUGCGAUUGGGUUUUCUCAAGGUGGACAAUUCCUUCGAGCCGUUGCGCAACGUUGUCCAGAACCACCGAUGCUUAAUUUAAUUUCAAUCGGUGGUCAACAUCAAGGCGUCUUUGGCUUCCCUCGGUGUCCUGGUGAUAAUGAAACGAUCUGUAAUUAUAUUCGUGAUCUGUUACGUUUCGGUGCUUAUGAAUCGUUCGUUCAAAAUCAUCUUGUACAAGCUGAAUACUGGCACGAUCCCCAUAAAGAGACAACCUAUCGUAAAGCAAGUGUAUUCUUAGCUGACAUUAAUCAAGAGCGAACGUUUAACGAACAAUACAAAACGAAUUUAUUGAAAAUACGUAAUUUAAUUCUGGUGAAAUUUCUACGUGAUACAAUGGUGACACCACACGAAAGUGAACAUUUCGGUUUUUACGAAGAAAACGAUACAUCAAAAAUUAUUCCAUUACGGGAAAGUUCUCUUUAUUCCAAAGAUUUAUUAGGUCUAAAGACGAUGGACGAGCAAUCGCGUAUCAAAUUUCUUGAAUCAGAUACUGAUCAUUUACAGUUUACGGAUCAAUGGUUCAUUGACAACAUAAUCUCAUAUCUCAAAGACUGA